UAACCCCAUUGAUUUUACAGCCUUACAAAAUACCCAUCGAUCAGCGAGUAGAACCACGAGGAGGUGAACAUGGAAGACGAGGAGGAGGAGACACAGAGGCAGCGGGUGUACCGAGAGCUGGAGGAACGACAGAGGCAGCACCAGCAAUUCCUUCAGCAGGAUCAAGGACAGAGAGAUGGCCAUCAACAACAGCGACGACGGCAGGAAGAGCAACAGGGGGAGAGACAGCAGAAUACAGACCAGAAGCAGGAACGGCGAUACUUACAACAAGAGCAAAAAGAACAUCAGCUACAAGAACAGGAACGAGUGGACGAAGAUGAGCAGGGUCUUCAGCGUCAAGAGGAGGAGAUGCUAGGCGGGGAUGAGACGGAACUGACGCAGGGGGAGAGGGUUUAUAAAGAGCUGCUGAGAAGACUGGGGGAGUUGGACCAAAUGCAGCAAGGAUGGACUCAGUACAGAGAGAGGCAUGGAGAGGAGAAAGAGGAGGAGAUGGAGAAGGACAAAGAGAAAGGGGAGAAAAUGGGGAAAGGAAGGGAGAAACGGAAAAAGAUGGAGAAAGAAAAGGAGGACGUGGUGAAAGAAAAGGGGAAAGAGGAGAUGGGAAAGGAAAAGGAGAAAGAGAAAAUGGAGAAAGAAAAAGAGAAAGAGGAUAUAGGAAGAAAAACGGAGAAGAAGAAGGGGAUGGAGAUAGAAAAGGAAGGAAAAGAAGAUGACCAGAAGGAAGAGAAAAAGAAGGUAGAUAAACAAGACGAGAAAGAAGGGGCGGAAGAAGAGGAAAACGAGGAGGAUGAGACUGGAAUGACAUAUGCAGAGAGAAAGUUUGAAGAGAUACAAAAGAUCAUUGAAACCUCACCUGAGUCCUUAAUACCCCUCACUGAGCGCCUCAUGCAGCCCCCGACCUACUGGCUGUACUCUCUGACGCCGCUGGUCCUCGUGCUGCUGAUGGCGGCGGCCUUCAUCUUCAGGCAACUGGAGGCCGUAGAUCUGUCCGUGGUGCGGCGAGUAUAGCCAUUGCCAAAGAGUUAAGGGUUUGGAGACUGUGUGGCCAAGGUGAGGCAGGUGAAAGGCAGGGCAGGUGAGCUAAAUAGGUUCACGCAGAGCCAGGGAUAAAAAUAUGCCUGGUUUCAGCAAGAGUAUUGCAUUACACAUAUCCUGGCAGGUACCUCAUUCAUCCACACCUGUUAUUAUCAUUCAUCGCAUGCUGUCAGGAACUGCGUUUAUCCUCUGCGGUUUAGAAGUGCAUCCUGCCUGCGGGGUUCAGGUGGCCAUGGGUGGCGGGGCUUAGGCUGGGGGUAGAAGCUUUAGUUGUUCGACAUCAUUUUGCUUUUUGUUCCACCCCUUCACCCUUCACCCACCCGCACGUUCAAGGGAGGCAGGACCCUCAAUGGAAAGCCGCAGGACUUGCCCUGUGGUGCUCCCUUUCACUUACGACUUAUUAAACCUUAUUAAAAAUUUUAACUUUGGGGCAUCCCAAUACAUCGU